GCUCCGGAAGCGCCGCGCGCAGGCAGGGGUUUCAUAUCACCACGCUACUCUGGCACGAUUGGUGAUCUCAUUUGCAACUGCCUGGUCCAGGUCCUGGAGGCUGCAGUAUUUGUCCCAGCAUUGUCCACCCACUAGGACGGUCUUGAGGAUGCCCCAGAAGAAAGGGAAGCGAAAAGCAGACGGAGGGGGUGAGCCUGAGGCUGAGCCAGAUGCCACAGAGUUGCCACAUUUGUCUCCAAAGAGGAAUAAGAAGGAGGCAGCCACAAAGAAGCUGGAGGAGGCAGUGCGGGAGGCCCGGCAGAAAGCAGCCCCAUCCGUGCAGGAGUUCAAGUACAAUAAAAAGCGGGUUCGUCUUAUCUCACAGGGUUCUGACCUCAAAGACAACGCUAAGUGCAUUCUCUACUGGAUGUCCCGAGACCAGCGCGUACAAGAUAACUGGGCUUUCCUCUAUGCCCAGCGGCUGGCCCUCAAACAAGAGCUCCCUCUGUAUGUCUGCUUCUGCCUGGUGCCCAGAUUCCUGGAUGCCACCAUCCGCCAUUAUGGCUUCAUGCUGAGAGGCCUGCAGGAGGUGGCCAAGGAGUGCACAGAGCUGAACAUCCCCUUUCACUUGCUGCUGGGCUACGCCAAGGAUGUGCUACCCACAUUUGUGGUGAAGCAUGGCGUGGGCGGGUUGGUGACAGAUUUCUGUCCCCUCCGUGUCCCCCAGCAGUGGGUGGAAGACGUCAGAAAGCGGUUGCCGGAAGAUGUGCCAUUUGCACAGGUUGAUGCCCACAACAUUGUGCCCUGCUGGGUCACCUCCCCCAAACAGGAAUACAGCGCCAGGACCAUUCGGAGCAAAAUCCACAGUCAGCUCCCAGAGUUCCUGACUGAGUUUCCUCCAGUCAUUCAACACCCAUACCCCCCUUCCACCCCAGCAGAGCCCGUUGCUUGGGAGGCCUGUUAUUCCAGCUUGCAGGUGGACCACACUGUGAAGGAGGUGGAGUGGGCGACCCCCGGUGCUGCUGCAGGGUUGGCUAUGCUGCAAUCCUUUAUUGCUGAGCGGCUGAAAUCCUUCAGCUCCCACCGGAAUGACCCCAACAAGGCAGCUCUCAGCAACCUGUCACCGUGGUUCCACUUUGGCCAGAUUUCCACCCAGCGAGCCAUCCUGGAGGUACAGAAACACCGCAGGAAGUACAAGGAGUCUGUGGACACCUUUGUGGAGGAGGCUCUGGUGCGGCGGGAGCUGGCUGACAACUUCUGCUACUACAACAAGAACUACGACAGUGUUCAAGGUGCCUACGACUGGGCGCAAACAACACUGAAGCUCCAUGCUAAAGACAAGAGGCCUUUUCUUUAUGAGCUGCAGGAACUGGAGCAGGGGAGCACACAUGACCCGCUCUGGAAUGCUGCCCAGCUUCAAAUGGUCCAGGAGGGCAAGAUGCAUGGUUUCCUACGGAUGUACUGGGCCAAAAAGAUCCUAGAGUGGACCCGCUCCCCUGAAGAGGCCCUGCAGUUUGCCAUCUACCUCAAUGAUCGCUAUGAGCUGGAUGGGAGGGAUCCCAACGGAUAUGUAGGCUGCCUGUGGUCCAUCUGCGGCAUACACGACCAGGGCUGGGCAGAGCGGGCCGUGUUCGGGAAGAUCCGUUACAUGAACUACGCUGGCUGCAAGAGGAAGUUUGACGUGGGCCAGUUUGAGCGGCGCUACGCCCCCCGCAAGCUCAACAAGUGAACGCUGCUGCGGUGCCCAGAACACAAGCGAACAGGAUCACGGACCAGGCUUGCCUCACGACUGCUUGUGCCUCUCCGUGCUUGGGGCAGGCAGUGCCUUUGCCAAGAUGCUGGCUCAUACCCUGCCUCUGACCAGGGAUUGCCUUGGGUGCUCGUGGAGGAGAUACUGCAGAAAGCAGCAAGUGCCUGGGUGUUGCAGGUUUCUUUUCUCUGGCAUCAUUCCCCUGCUAUAGCCCCUCUGCUGGGGUGGCUAUGCUAGACCCUUCCUAGAGUUUAUGUGGGGUAGUUCAGCUGUCACAGCUUUACUCACGUCUGCAAGAUUCCCCCCUCAGCCUGCCAGGUCCUGUUGGAAAACUUCUUCAGCAGCGGUGCUUGGGAAUAAGCCAAAAAUCUCCUUUGCUGCUGCUAACCACAGCUUAGCUUAACCACAGCUGAGCAAGGUGUUUCUGGGGGAAAAGCUCAAGAAACUCAGCUGCUCCUGCCAGGCUUCCCAGCAGCUUCCCUGCCUGCCAGUCCCUGAGAAUCCAUGCUUCAGCCCAUGCAGAGCGAGCGCUGUGCAAGGCUUUCACAUCGUCCUUACACAGGGAGUUCCUGGCCUUUGAUUUUAAAGUUUACAAUCCCCAUCUUCUGCGUCCGUGGUGUUUAUGGAGACAUGCAGCCCUGCUAAGAGGGAGAGCCCUGCUGCGUGGGGCAGAGAUGCAAGCAGGGAAGUGGCAGCUGGACUCAGGCCAAGCCCUUGCCACUGGGCCCCUUUUCCAGCAGUAAAGAAAAGCUCAGAAAGGGGACGUGUUAUAGAGCAGCCCUUAUUCAGCAGCUCACUCUUCCUGCCAGCAGUCCUUGCUCUAGCAGACAGAUUGCAGAGGUGCUACAAACCAGAUGACUGGUGUCAAUAACCCCCUCCCAGCCAUGGGGUCCCACCCCCAGCUAUGCAUCACCAGUCACACGUCUCCCUGGCCCAGGGCAGCAAAGCUGGGAGAAUCAGGGCUCCCCUGUGGCUACCUGUUGUCAGCUGUCAGCUAAUGCAUCUCGCUACCUCGUCCCUUCCUGCCCAUGCAGCCAACAGGCACUGCAGCAUCAGCCUUGGGAGGGGAUGCCAGUGGUUCAUUCCACCCAAAGUAAUUUGCCACAACACCAACAGGUCUCUUAUUUGUUAACUUAAUUUAUGAGGGACGGCAUUUUCAUUGCUAUGCUGUGCGAUAGUCCAGUGAGGAGGGCUCCAGUCAAGUGCCAGGGGCAGCCCCUUGCUCUACUUAGAAAGAGCUCGCGCGCCUUGACGAUUUCCAGUGUUACUCGUAGCAGUCAGUGCUGUGUUGCCAUGGGAAAGGCAGCAGUGUUUGUUAGUGUUGUGCAUAACCUUGCGCUGGAGACCGCCGCCAGGUUUCCAGUCCCACGGUGCUUCCCGAUAGAGCCCAUGAUGGCGGGUAGAAAACAGAAGUAAACCAAAAUCCACUCAUUCUUCUCUAAACAUGCUCAGUGCUUCUAGAAACAGUCACGGGCAGUGUUUCGGCCGGUGUCCCACAACAUUAAA